CGCAUAUACAUAUGUGCCGGUAUUUCCGGCGCUACUUGGAGGAUUCUGUGAUCACGAUGCGCGAAUAUAUCCUGAAACACAACAUAGACCAAUCACAGUUGACGCUUAAUCGACCGAUUACUAGACCGAGUAUGGUGAAACUCCGAUCUCCGAAACUCUCACGACUCUAGAUCUAGUACCCAAAGAGGAUAUUAUUGCCGGUCUCUAUACAUAUACGUGAGGUAUAUAUUUGUAGAUACACUGUGAUUGUGUAUCGGAGUUUGUAUUGGUGGUCCCCAGCUGUAGUCGCCCAGCGAUUGUGAUUGGUGUCUAUCUCGGUUCUUCGGUAAAGCGUUAAGUGCAAAAUACGUGUUUUUUUUCUCGACGUAAUAUACGUGUGUUUAACACUCUCGAGAAAAGACAAGAAGGUAGCGGAUAAUGUGUCAGUGAUUCUCGUCGUUCUCGAUACCUCCCGUAGAAUGUCACCGUAGGAGACACUCGCUGGGGGUGCGCGAAUUAUCUCGUAUCGUAUAGCAUCGGCAUUUACUCGGCGCGACGUUAUAGGUUAUAGUUCGAAGUGCUGUAAACCUUCUUCAGAGAACGAGGGAAAUGUCAAUCGCGAAGAAUUGAACGGCAAACGCCGUAUCGGAUAAUUUAUUCGUCGGUGCUCCAGUAUGGUACAGCGUCCGGUCGCGCCUCGGCGCAAUGUGAGAAUAUUGUUGAUCGGCGAGCGGGGUGUCGGCAAGACUUCUCUGAUACUGUCUCUGGUGAGCGAGGAAUAUGCGGAGGAAGUGCCCAACAAGGCUGAGGAAAUCACAAUACCGGCGGACGUUACGCCGGAACAAGUGCCGACACACAUAGUCGACUAUUCGGCGGUAGAGCAAACGGAUGAUCAACUGACAGAGGAGAUACAGAAGGCUCAUGUCAUAUGUGUUGUUUAUUCUGUGGAUGACGAGGACACUUUGGACAGAGCAGCCAGCUAUUGGUUACCAUUGAUCAGAAGAUGUUCACCCGACAAUCGAUGCCCAGUUGUACUUGUAGGCAAUAAGAUUGAUCUUGUGGAUUAUUCCACCAUAGAGGCAGUGUAUCCGAUCAUGAAAGAAUUCACGGAGAUUGAAAGCUGCAUAGAGUGCUCAGCGAAAACACUUCAGAAUGUAUCAGAAACGUUUUAUUACGCACAAAAGGCAGUUUUGCAUCCUACCACACCUUUGUACAAUUAUGAUACACAAGAGCUUACAGAAGAAUGCAAAAGAGCUCUACAGAGAAUUUUUAAAAUAUGCGAUGUAGAUAACGAUGGACUUUUAAACGAUAUGGAGCUGAAUGCAUUUCAGCAAUGGUGCUUCAAUACACCCUUGCAGCCGCAAGUGUUGGAAGAUGUGAAAGCAGUGCUGUCAAAAAACAUUUGCGACGGUAUAUGCAACGGAUGUGUCACAAUGAAAGGAUUUAUGUACUUGCAAUGUUUAUUCAUACAACGCGGACGAAACGAAACAACUUGGGCUGUGUUAAGGAAGUUCGGAUAUGACAACGAGCUGCAAAUGUCAAAAGACUACAUCAAUCCUCCGUUAAAAGUUCCGAUUGGUUGCACCACCGAAUUGUCGCACAAAGGACAGGAGUUCCUAACGUUACUGUUUAUGCAACACGAUCGUGAUCGUGACGGAGCUCUUUCGCCUCCAGAAAUGGAAUCGUUGUUCUCCCGAUGUCUCAUUCCUCCAUGGGGCGAUGAGUACAAAUAUACUGUACCCACGAAUGAAAAGGGAUGGAUCACAUUUCAAGGAUACAUGUGUCAGUGGGCGUUGUUGACAUUGACAAAUGUGCGCAAAACUUUGGAAUACAUGGCGUAUUUGGGAUAUAAUAUGUACAACAACGAGUGUCAAACGAGUUCGAUUGUUGUGACUCGCGAAAAGAAAGUGGAUCUCGCGAAAAAGCAAUCGAGUAGAAAUGUUUACACUUGUCACGUGAUCGGUCCGAAGAGCAGCGGAAAAACGACGUUGUGUAGAACUUUUAUCGAUCCCAAACUUGAGAAAUUAAACGACAAGGUGGUACCGUCGAAUGCUCACGUCACUGUGAAUACGGUACAUGUGUACGGGCAAGAGAAAAUGAUAAUAUUAAGAGAUAUAAACGUGUUGAAUGUUCAGGACGCAUUAACGCCAGCGGAGAUACAAUGCGACGCGGCUGCUCUCGUUUACGACGCCAGCAAUUCGAAAUCGUUCGAGUAUAUCGCUCGCAUUUACAUCAAAUACUUCGCUGACAGUAAAAUUCCCGUCCUGAUAAUAGCGAACAAAAGUGACCUUUCCGAAGUGAAACAAGGAUAUCUGUUACAACCAACCGCUUUUUGCAGCAAGUACAAAUUGAUGCCUCCGCAACCGUACAGCAUUUCGCGCACCGUUCGGCGCGAGAUCUUCGUCAAAUUGGCCACGAUGGCGGCCUUUCCCCGCUUUCAAGGAGCGUGGGUAUUAUUUUACAGAGACAGCCAUUUGAGGCGUAUGGUCCACAUGUUGCUUGUUGAUCUCUCACCCUCUCAGUGGUGGAGUUCUUUCACAAGGCACAUAAACCAAUUCGGCCUAAUGCAAGGGGAUUCUCUAGUUUGGUGGAAAGCGGGACUGGGUAUCGCAUUCGCCACAGUCGCCGGUUACGUGAUGAUGCGUGUGUUAAAUACAGAAAAAAGAUAGUCUACCAUAUUCGUGCUGCUUGUGCGUGUUUAACUGCCUCUCCCAACUUGUCGAAUAAAGAAAGAGACGUCGUAUAAAUAAUCACGUUACUACAUAUAAUAUAGACUGUAUAUCUCUCAAAAUAUAUAUAUAUUCAUAUAUCA